AUGAAUAAUAACACUCGUUCACAUUUAAAUUUACAAGAAUAUCACAUUUCUGAUUUAUUAUAUUGUUCUCCUUCUCGAACACGUAGUGAUUCUCAUUCUGUUUGUAAACAGUCAAGAAUUCAUUUAUUAUCUCAACAAAAUUCAUUAAUAACUAUGCCAACAUCUCAAUCAACAUUGGAAUCGGUUGAAGAAAAAAAACCUGGUGAUGGUAUAUCUUCAUCGGAUAGUAAGUCGACAUUACAUUCGUUGAGAGAGCAAGAAAAAAUAGCCUUACAAUCCAUUAAUAAAUUAACUGAAGAUGAAAUGAUUCAGAUAGAUCAAUGGUUAUCUAUUUUACAUAAUACAUAUAAAAAUUUGGAAUAUCCAUCAUCACUUCGUGCAUUUCAAGCAACUACAUAUUUUAAUGAUGAACAACAAUUAUAG